GGCGAAUGUGGGUGUGGUGGUGCACGCCUUUAAUCCCAAGCACUCGGGAAGUAGAGGCAGGUAGAUCGCUGUGAGUUCAGAGGCCAGCCUGGACAGCUAGGAGAGAGACCAUGUCUCAGAAAAAGAAAGUGUUUCGUGGAGGUGAUGUUUAUCAAUGAGGAGCGUUUCGCUGUUUGGAUGGCCAACGCAGGCUGGAGCUCUGAGGCUUCUCUACGGAGCAAGAUGCAGGACUAUUUUAGCUUCGCAUCUACAGUUAACCUCCACGGUUUCGAGUCUGUUUUACUUCCGGAUCCCACACUUACGACACCGGAAGCCGGAAGCGGGAGUUUCCACAGCCGACAAAGGAAGGGUGACCGCUUAACUCCGACUUUCUGGGAGCUCCGAUUCAGUCUGAGAGGUUGGAUCCCGCUGUUCCCGCCCUCUUGACUUCUGGCUGACUUUGCUGACAGAUACGGUUUUGUUGGAUGAGCAGGCACCUCUGGAAGAAUCAGUUGAGUGAGAUGGUGCAGCCCAGUGGUGGCCCAGCAGGGGACCAGGACAUGCAGGGUGAAGAAUCUUCUCUGGGAAAGCCGGCAAUGUUACAUCUGCCUUCAGAGCAGGGUACUCCUGAGACCCUCCAGCGCUGCCUGGAAGAGAACCAAGAACUCCGAGAUGCCAUCCGGCAGAGCAAUCAGAUGCUAAGAGAAUGCUGUGAGGAGCUGCUGCAUUUCCAGGUCAGCCAGCGGGAGGAGAAGGAGUUCCUCAUGUGCAAAUUCCAGGAAGCCAGGAAGCUGGUAGAGAGACUAAGCAUGGAGAAGCUUGACCUGCACAGACAGAGGGAACAGGCCUUAAAAGAUUUGGAGCACCUGAAGAAAUGCCAGCAGAAACUGAUGUCAGUGAGAGGGAAAGGGCUAGCUGAGCUCUGGUGGGUGAUCUGCAGAGGUGACUGGAUGGCUGAGGACAAGGCCUCUGUGAAAGCCCAGGUGACAUCAUUACUGGGGGAACUCCAGGAAAGUCAGAGUCGCUUGGAGGUUGCCACCAAAGAACGGCAAACAUUAGAGGGAAGGAUGCGAGCUGUUAGUGAGCAGGUUAGACAGCUGGAGAGUGAACGGGAGGUGCUGCAGCAGCAGCACAGCGUGCAGGUGGACCAGCUGCGCAUGCAGAACCAGAGUGUGGAGGCUGCCCUGCGAAUGGAGCGUCAGGCUGCUUCAGAGGAGAAGAGGAAGCUGGCUCAGUUGCAGGCAGCCUAUCACCAGCUCUUCCAAGAUUAUGACAGUCACAUCAAGAGCAGCAAGGGCAUGCAUCUAGAAGAUCUGAGGCAACAGCUCCAGCAAGCUGAGGAGGCCCUGGUAGCCAAACAGGAAUUGAUUGAUAAGCUGAAAGAAGAGGCUGAGCAGCACAAGAUUGUGAUGGAGACUGUGCCAGUCCUGAAGGCCCAGGCGGAUAUCUACAAGGCUGACUUCCAAGCUGAGAGGCAUGCCCGGGAAAAGCUGGUGGAGAAGAAGGAGCUUUUGCAGGAGCAGCUGGAGCAGCUGCAGCGCGAGAUCAGCAAACUGAAGGCUGGCUGCCAUGAGUCAGCCAGGAUUGAGGAUAUGAGGAAGCGGCAUGUAGAGACUUCUCAGCCCCCUUUACUCCCUGCAUCAGCUCUCCACUCCUUUCAUCUGACCUUACCCAACCAGCGGAGAAGCCCUCCUGAGGAACCACCUGACAUGCGUUGUCCCAAGUGCCAGUAUCAGGCUCCUGAUAUGGACACUCUACAGAUACAUGUCAUGGAGUGCAUAGAGUAGAAGCAGCAGCUGUAAAGCCACUUGUAAUACCAUGUCCUGAACUAUGCAACUUAUGCUUUCCUGUUUCACCUCUGCAUAGUCCACAAUUAAGGGCUUGAUGUCAAAGAGCUAGCCCUAGGACCUAGCAGUACCCUUGCUUUAGCUCUUUGGUCUGCUAGUUCCCCACUAGGGUAGACAGCCCUAGUCAGGAAUUUUUUUCCGUUUUUUUCUAUGUGCCUGAGCCACUUGCCUCUGCUAGCUUCUUCCUCCCUCUUUUCCCAUUCUCCUAGGGGGUCUAGAAUGGAGGCCAGAGGCUCUCAGGGAGCACCCUUUCUCUAAGCAGGACUGGGUGUAGCUCUUCCUCCCUCCAGCUGGUACCUUUCUUGCCCUGAGCUGCAGGCUGUCCUCCCAGGGCAUGUGGCACGUAAGGCCCUAACAUGUGUUGCCUCUGAUGGACAUUGGGGAAGUAUUCUGUCUUUUGCUACUGUAAGUAACGGUGCAGUGAAAGUACUUGUGCACUGAUCUGUGUGUACCUUUAAGACAUAUGCUUAGACGUAGCAUUGAGCCUUGCCUUGGAGGAGGUUGCCUUGGAGGAGGUUCUGCCAUCUGCUAGACAUGCUGUUUUUUACUAAAGAGUAUGCCAAAGUGUCUUUUUCUGGGGUAUAUGGGCCUUUUUAAAUUCCACUCAUGUAACUUGGAUUUUCAUAUUUUCUACCCAUUUUCCUGUUGCAUCAUUGCCAUUUGUUCUUGGGCUUUGGGAAGCUUUUUGAUCAUCAGUCAGGUUAGCUCUUGUCUAUCACAGAAAUUGCACACCUUGUUCCAUUUUGGUUGUGUUACUGUUUUGGGGCCUAGAAGCUGUUUAUGUACUCACACCCAUGCUUUCCUCCAUAUUUUGGCUUUGGAGUUAUGGCUGCUUUGUGGUCUGACAGAAGACUAUUUCACAUACAUGUUUUUCUUAUUCCAGCACCAGUGUGCUCUUGUCUUUGUGAAGCACAUUCUUGUCUUGUGUGAAUGGUGAUUUCCAUAGUUCAUCACACUCCAGGAGUUUGUGAUGGCAUGUUCUGCACCAGCCAAAAUGUUCUGUCUUGGGAACCAUUUAGUAGUGACUGGCAGAUUGUGAACAAGGAAACUCUUCACUUGUUUUGCAAGGCUGUAGACAUUUUCUGGAGCCUUACAGUCAUUGGUAUUAGCCUUGCAAUUCUAGUAAAGAAAAGGAAGUUGGAGUUGAGAAAGUAAUAGAUGUGCCUUGCUGACUCCUCAAAUCUGAAACCCUUCCUACCCUCCUGAAUGCUUUCAUAGUUCUGAGUGGGAUCUGUAAAUCCAUCCCUGUCUGGGGCUUUUUUUUCCACAAGACUUCUUGCCUAUUAAGGGUGAGAACGCUGAGUAGAAUCAGGAUUUAAAAAGUAAGCCUGAGCUGGGUUCUUCCUCAGAAUUCUCAGGGGGUGGGGAGCAAGUUUUCCAUUUUCUAAUUCCCAGGUAUUUAUUAGACAGAUCUUUGGGAAAAUGUUAAAGGAACACAUGUUCUUUGCUCAUGAGGCCUUCAUUUAAAUACUCAAUCUAAUUUUCCUUCAGAAGUGCUAUUGGUUUGGUUUGAUUCAGUUCAGUUUUGUGGUGGUAUAUGGCAUUCCUAUAGCUGUUCUAAAAAUUCUCAGAGACUUGAAGUGGCAACAACAACAACAACAAAAAAAUCAGUCUUUCAUGCCCGGAAGUCAGAUGUUAAGUUUCUUCUGAGAAUCAAUUCCAGGUUUUCUCCUUGCUUUUGGUUUCUGGCAGUCCUUGGUGUUGCUUGGCUUAUAGACCUAUCACUCCAAUCUCUGGUUCUCAUGCCUCAUGGUCUCCUCCUCUACUUCUGUAUUGUAGAUGUGGAGUCUGUCUGGUAAUUAAGGAGGAUCUCCAGCUCAAGACACUUACCUCACUACACCUACCAAGACCCUUUUCCCAAAUAAAGUCAUGUUCUCAAGUUCUGGGGGUUUGGACUUACACAACCCAGGGUAGGGAUAUCAUAAGAACCUGAGUAGAUGCAGCCAAAGACAUGUGCCUUUAAGCCUUGCAAUUCUGCUGGAGAGACUUGGUCUCUAGGGUGAUGGUGACCACUAGGUUUCAGAAUUUGGAGAAGGUCAGGCCUUUAUAGAUGCUGCGCUCCUAGCAGGGCCAGAAGGUGUGACUGAGAAAGACAGGUAGGCUGCAGCGGGAGAGAGCAGUUGGACUGUCUCCAGUGGCUGUAUGGGGUUCAUGCUUCUUGGAUAAAUAGAGAUACAUAGGUACAUUUCUGACCAGCACUUUAUCCUGAAAGGGACUCAGAAAGCAGGUGUGACCCAGGUUUCACAGCAGGAUCACCCGGGAGCUUGAAACAUUCUGGUUUGGGCUUUAUGGUCUGGUCAUGCCAAAAUAUGAGGGUGGCCCAGGUGGUGGUUGGGACUAAAUACCCUUCUCAGAAGGUUGGAGCCCUUGACACUUCCUUACACUGAAGUAUGGUGUAUGAUUAACUACACAUGAGAUAUCAAGGAUCUGAGAUUAUACCAUCUUCCCUGACAUGGGACAUGCUUCUUUCUUUUCUGGAAUUACUUAACUAGACCUAGAAAAACUGGUUUUUUUUUUUUUCUUUCAAGGGAAUUAGCCCACUUGCUUUUAAGAGCUGUGCCCCUGGCACACAGCUUCUAGAUUCAGACAGCUAGAAACAUGUCCUUCCCAGAAGUCCCGUUACUCUUACUUAUGCUCUCUUCCUGUUGGCCUAUGACCAAGAAAAAUCCAGAGAGUCAGUUAGAGACAGUGCAGAGUACUUUACCCACUGUAGUAACAAAUGAUAAGGUGCAGAUUGUAAGUAGAGAUGAUGUCAAAAUAGGAACAAUUGUAGUCCUGUGUGUGCUGCCGUCAGGCAUGGUGAGACCUUGCAGCAUUUCCCCUUUCAAGGGGUGGGUGUUUGGUGAGAUGGGGCAAGCACUUUGGAAGCAUCCUCAGCCCUCUUUAUCUGACAGCUUGGUCUUCACAGUGACUACUUAAUUGGAGUGGCUCUCAUGGUACCAUAUUUGUCACCACCAAAGGCUGUGAUGAAAUAGGCUAUAUAUCUGAUGACACAGGCCUGCAUAUCCAGCAUUGUGAACAUUUUGUUACAUGAAACACUCUGAAGUAUGGUAUAAAAAGGCCAGAGGAUUAAAAAAUAGUGUGAAAUAAAGAAGACCUGCAAGCAUGCAUACUGUCCUCAGUUGGUGGAUGUAGGGGUAGAAUUGCCAGAAACAAAGUUUUUCUUUUGUGCUAUUUCUAUGCCUCAUGCAUUAUAUAGGAAGUAGCUGUUACACAUGCGUUUGAGGUUUCCUCUGCCUGACUGAGAAAAGCUCAUUGUUGACACAACAGGGUGGUGCAAGGGGCAAAAAUCAACUAACAUGGGGCCUGGAUUUCCUGUGAGUGCAGCAACAAAGUACCACAUGUUGGGGGCUUAGGCAACAGAGAUUUCCUGUCCCGCCUAUUCUGAGAUAAGUGUGGGCAGAGUGUGUUCCUCAUAAGAGAUAACCCAUUCCAGGCCUCUCUCCCACUGUGUAGCAGGUCCCAGCAAUUCUUAGUGCUCUCUGGUUGGACCUGCAACUCUGGCUCUGCCACUUUUGUCACAUGGUCACUUUAUGUGUUUCCUUUUUAUAAGCAUAUCAAUGUCAAACAAAGGUGAAUAUUUGGUAACAUGAAAACAUUUUGUUCAGUAUUUAGUGAUUGUACUGUGAAUUCUAAUUGGUCUUAAUAAUAAAAACCCGGAGUAAGAUAUUAGGGGGUAAAAGCUGAAAGAUCAGAGAAGCAGAGUAGCCAGCCACUAGUUCUCACCUCUAUAAAAUCCUCAGACUCCUGUUUCCUCCCAGCUUAUAUUACUCUCUGGGACAGCGAUAUCACUUCCUGUCUCCACCUCCCUAGUGCUGGAAUUAAAGACAUGAGAUUUCAAGUGCUGGGAUCAAAGGUGUGAGCUCUGUUUCUUUUGUACUGGUUCAAUCUCAGGUAGCCCAGUGUGGCCUUGAACUCCUGAUCUUCUUGCUUAGACCUUCCAAGUGCUGGGAUCAAAGGUGUGUGCCACCACUGCCUGGCCUCUGUGGUUAACUAGGUGGCUAGCACCAUCCUUUGAUCUCCAGGCAAACUUUGUUAGAGCACAGACAAAAUAUUAUAAGUGACAGUGAUAGAAAGAGCCAAUCUGCAGAGAUGGUCAGAACAUCAUAAGUGUUUUAGGUUUGGAUCUGUGGUUAACAUCAUGGAUAUGGAGGACAGAGGAAGAGACAUUUAAUGACUACUGAGCUUUGGUUUUUCACACCUGGGUACAUGGGCCAUCUGUCUACUACCGGGAAGACUAGGGAAAGAGGGAUGCCAGAGUUGUGAGAAACAGUUCAGUGUUCAGUUUUGAUCCAGCCAGGCUCAGUGUGAGAUGUCCUGGGUCCUUCAUCUUGCCUUGAUUUGUUAGGGUGGUUUCACAUUGAAACUGCAGGCUUUUCAUUUAUCCAUUGCUUACUGGCAACCAGCGUGAUCUGGUAAAUCUGUUUCCAUUUUGCUUAAUGUCCUUCACUGAUUUUCUGUUUCUUCAGAUCUAAACUCCAUCCUCAGCCUUGUGUUUGUUGCUCUAACUUCAUAUCAUCUUCCCUAAAGGCCCAGCCCUUCCACACUGGCCUUUUUUCUUUUCCUCAAACCCACUAGUACUAAUGUGUUUUAAGGUCUUUGCCUCUGUUGUCUCCUUUGCUGAGAAGGCUCUGUCCUCUAAUCUGUACAGUUGAUUUUUUUUUGUUAUUCAGAUCUAAGUGUAAACAAAAGUUCUUUCAUCUGAAGUCUUCAUCCUAAAUCACAUUACCUUCAACUUAAUCACAUUGCUCACAUCAACAAAACUGACCUUUUGUAUUCUGUUGUUUCUUCCCUCCACUAGAGGGAGACAGAAGCCUUGUCAAUUCAAUUUAGUAACACUAUACAGGAGCUCAUCACAGGGAUACUCUGUUUACUGAUGGCUGAACUUAUCUGACGUGACAUCAGGAUUCCCCUGCUAAUAUUUUCAGGCACAUCACCUAUCACCACAAUUGGUGAUUUAUAGAAGUUAUUAUAUUAAUGUACUAGGAAUGAUAGUACAGAAAUCUUAUUUUAUAACUAUAGUAACUGUAGCUUUUUAUUUUGGUGCUGAGGAUGGAACUUGGCCUCUUGCACAUGCUAAGCAUGCACACCACCACUGAGCUACAGUCUCAGUUUAUCAGCUUUUCUCUGUAUCUCCCUACUCUUCUCUCUGAUAGUCCCAUUCUGUAACCCUGCCUAACUUGGAAUUUAUUAUGUAAUUCAGAUUGGUCUUGAACUUGCAGCCAUUCUUUUGCCUCAGCCUCUCCAGUGCUAGGAUUACAAAUAUGUUCCACUAUGCCUGACUAGCAUUUUUCAUUUUGUUCAGAAUUUGAAUGGGUAUCUGGACGUAGUGGUACACACAAUUCUGGCACUUGAGAGGAAGUGACAGGGAGAGUACCAGGAGUUUGAGGCCAGCUUGGGCUACAAAGCGAGACUUGGUUUCAGAUAAGAAAAACAGAAUUUGGGAGGAUGGACCAUGUGAGCUUCAUAAUGUAUAAAAGAAACCGAUUCUGAGGUCAUAUGGACAAAUCCCAGUCCGAACAUUAAUGAAAUCCCUGAGCCUUUGCUUUCUUAUCUGUAAAACUGCAAAUCAAUUUUAGUUUAGACCCAAGUCUAGAUUUUCCAUUAGGUUUUGAGUGCUGGUAAGAAAGUCAGUUAGACCUGUCUGGUAGAGCAUGCACUUGAAGUUGAAGCAGGAUGCUAAUGAGUUCCAGGCUAGGCUAGGCUACAUAGCAAGAUUCUCUCAACACAAACAAAAAGUCAAUUGGUGAAUUCCUGGAGAUGAGUGGGGUGUAGAGAGAGUGAUAGUUUGUAGGUACAUAGUUCUUUGGGGGUGGGGUGGGGUGGGGAUGUUCUAAAAUUGGUCACUGUGAUUCUCAUUCACAUCUGAAUAUGCUGCAAACCAUUAAAAUUGUACACUUCAGAUGAGUUACAUGUUGUAUAUGGAUUAGACCACAAUAAAACUGGCAUUAAAAAUGUUAUCUAAGUUCUGUGCAGUUUCCCAGAAACUUUUGUGACAAUGCAGAUGAAGAUACAGAAAGAGUUGAAUAUUUGCAUUUGAAGCUGUUUGACAAGUGACAUAUUGAUAGAUGCUUGGUGAUGUUCCACUAACUAGAAAGGCAGAACUGGAGGUGGGGCAUGUGUGAUUGAUUUGUCUCAUGAAAUAGAAUGAUCACAUCAUGUCCUUUCUUCAGAGUCCUAGGGUUGGAACUAACUGAAGACUAGCAGCUGCCUCUAACCAGCAUGGACUGGUGGGCUGACCAACAGGUGGACACUGCUGCUUCAUCAGACGAACAGAAUUAGGUGGGCAAGUUUGGUAGAUACUUGCCAGUGAGGAAGCAGAGACCUCUAAGCAUGACAGCUUUUUAAAGAUUCCAUUGGUGUCAGGUGUCCCAGGAUCUGGACUGAGGAUGAAAUUUGAUUUGUUAGUCUGGCAGAGCCAUGGUAGACACAUAUCUAUCAGACCUAGAAAUAAUGACUUACCCCAUAUUCAGGGGUUGCUGGCAGCUGGAGUGAAGGGCUGUGUGUCUACCCUAGCAAGCACUGCAAAGCAGUCACUGCACGGAGAAAGCCAAAAUUAAACAGCAGCAGCUAAUCCCAUAAAACUAACCUCACAAUGUGAUGAGAUGCUCACAAACAGAAGUUUCUAUAAUGCAGACUUACGGCCAAAGAAAAGAGGUCCAGUUAGAUGGCUCAGUGAAUAAAGGUGCUUGCUGCCAAACCUGACUACCUGAAUUUAAUCCUCAGGACACAUGGUAGAAGGAGGACUCUGAUUUCCAUGUAUACCCUCCCACCUCCCCCAUUAAUAAAUGGAACAUAAAUCUUUUUAAAAUUGUUUUUAUUGAGCUAUAUAUUUUUCUUUCCUCCUUUCCCUUCCUCCCACUCCCCUUCUACCCUCUCCCAUGAUCCCCAUGAUCCUAAUUUACUCAGGAGAUCUUGUCUUUUCCUACUUUCCUUGUAGAUUAGAACCAUGUAUGUCUCUCUUAGGAUCCUCUUUUUGUUGUCUAGGUUCUCUGGGGCUGUGAUUUGUAGGCUGGUUUUUCUUUGCUUUAUGUCUAAAAGCCACUUAUGGGUGAGUACAUAUUAUAUUGUCUUUCUGGGUCUGGGUUACCCCACUCAAUAUGUUUUAUAGAUCCAUCCAUUUGCCUGCAAAUUUCAAGAUGUUGUUAUUAUUAUUUUUGCUGUGUAGUAUUCCAUUGUGUAAAUGUACCACAUUUUCCUUAUCCAUUCUUCAGUUGAGGAGCAUUUAGGUUGUUUCCAGGUUCUGGCUAUGAUAAACAAUGCUGCUAUGCACAUAGUUGAGCACAUGUCUUUGUGGCACGAUUGAGCAUCCUUUGGGUAUAUACCCAAAAGUGGUAUUGCUGGGUCUUGAGGUAGGUUGUUUCCUAAUUUUUUGAGAAAUCACCAUACUGAUUUCCAAAGUGGCUGUACCAGUUUGCACUCCCAUGAGCAAUGGAAGAGUGUUCCCAUUACCCCACAUCCUCUCCAGUGUGAAUUGUCAUCAGUAUUUUUGACCUCGGCUAUUCUUACAGGUGUAAGAUGGAAUCUCAGAGUUGUUUUGAUUUGCAUUUCUCUGAUGGCUAAGGAUGUUGACCACUUACUUAAGUGUCUUCCAGCCAUUUUAGAUUCCUCUGUUGAGAGUUCUCUGUUUAGGUCUUUACUCCAUUUUUUUAUUGUAUUACAUGUUCUUUUGAUGACCGAUUUCUUGAGUUCUUUGUAUAUUUUGAAGACUGGACCUCUGUCUGAUGUUGGGUUGGUAAAGAUCUUUUCCUAUUUUGUAGGCUGUUGUUUUUUCUUGUUGACCAUGUCCUUUGCUUUACAGAGACUUCUCAGUUUUAGGAGGUCCCAUUUAUUGUUUCUUUCAGUGUUUGUGCUACUGAGGUCAUAUUUAGGAAGUGGUCUCCUGUGCCCAUCUGUUGUAGGGUUCUUCCCACUUUCUCUUCUAUGAGGUUCUGUGUGCUUGGUUUUAUGUUGAGUUUUUUGAUCCAUUUGGACUUGAGUUUUGUGCAUGGUGAUAGAUAUGGGUCUAUUUUCUUUCUUCUACAGGUUGAUACCUAGUUAUGCCAGCACCAUUUGUUGAAUAUGCUUUCUUUUUUCCAUUUUAUAUGUUUUGCUUCUUUGUUAAAAAUCAGGUGUUCAUAGGUGUGUGGAUUGAUAUUCAGUUAUUGGAUUUGGUCCUAUUGGUCCUCCUGUCUGUUUUUAUGCCAGUACCAGGCUGUUUUCAGUAUUAUAGCCCUGAAGUAGAUUUUGAAGUCAGGCAUUGUGAUGCCUCCAGAAGUUUCUUUAUUGUACAGGAUUGUUUUGGCUAUCCUGGGUCUUUUGCUGUUUCAUAGGAAGUUGAGUAUUGUUCUCUUGAGGUCUGUGAAGAAUUUUAAGAAUUUUGCUGGGAUUUUGAUGGCCAUUGCAUUGAAUCUGUAGAUUGCUUUUGGUAAGACUGCCAUUUUUACUAUGUUAUUUAUACCUACCCAAGUGCAUGAGAGAUUUUUCCAUUUUCUGGUGUCUUCUUCAAUUUCUUUCUUCAAAGAUUUAAAGUUAUUGCCAUACAGGUCUUCUACUUGUUUGGUUAGAGUUACUCCAAGGUAUUUUAUAUUAUUUGUGGCUAUUGAAGGGUGAUGUUUUUCUGAUUUCUCAGCCCAUUUAUCAUCUGAGUACAGGAGGGCUGCUGAUUUUUUUGAGUUAAUAUUGUAUCCUGCUAUAUACUGGAAGUGUUUAUGAGUUGUAGAAGUUCCUUGGUAGAAUUUUUGGGGUCACUUAUGUAAACUAUCAUAUCAUCAUCCGAUAUUGAGAGUUUGACUUCUGCUUUUCUGAUUUGUAUCUCCUUGAUCUCCUUUUGUUGUCUUAUUGCACUAGCUAGAAUCUCCAGUACUAUAUUGAAUAGAUAUGGAGAGAAUGGACAACCUUGUCUUGUUCCUGAUUUCAGUGGGAUCACUUUGAGUUUCUCUCCAUUUAGUUUGAUAUUGGCUGUUGGCUUGCUGUAUAUUGCCUUUAUUAUGUUUAGGUAUGUUCCUUGUAUCCCUGCUUUUUCCAAGACCUUUAUCAUGAAGGGAUAUUAUAUUUUGUCUAAGUAAGGCUUUUUCAACAUCUAAUGAAAUGAUUUUUUUUUUCAGUUUGUUUCUAUGGUGGAUUACCUUGGCUAUCCCCACAUCUCUAGGAUGAAACUUACUUAACCAUGGUGGAUGAUGGUUCUGAUGCGUUCUUGGAUUCGAUUUGUCAGUAUUUUAUUUAGUAUUUUUGCAUCAAUGUUCAUGAGUGAGAUUGGUCUGUAAUUCUUUUUCUUAGUAAUGUCUUUAUGUGGUUUGGGUAUCAGGGUAAUUGUAGCCUCAUAAAAAGAGUUUGGCAAUGUUCCUUCUGUUUCUAUUGUGUGGAACAACUUGAGGAGUAUUGGUAUUAGUUUUUCUUUGAAAAUCUUUUAGAAUUCUUCACUGGAACCAUCUGGUCCUGAGCUUUUUUUUUUUUUUUUGGUUGGGAGACUUUUGAUGACUGUUUCUAUUUCUUUAGCCAUUAUAGGUCUGUAUAAUUUGCUUAUCUGGUCUUUAUUUAAUUUUGUUAAGUGGUAUUUAUCCAGAAAAUUGUCCAUUUCCUUUAAGGUUUUCAAUUUUGUGGAGUACAGGUUUUCAAAGUAUGACCUGAUGAUUCUCUGGAUUUUCUCUGCGUCUGUUGUUAUGUUCCUCUUUUCAUUCUGAUUUUGUUAAUUUGUAUAUUCUCUCUCUGCCUUUUGGUUAGUUUGGAUAAAGGUUUGUCUAUUUUGUUGAUUUUUUUCAAAGAACCAACUCUUUGUCUCAUUGAUUCUUUGUAUUUUCUUUGUUUCUGUUUUGUUGAUUUCCGCUCUCAAUUUGAUUAUUUCCUAACCAUCUACUCCUCCUUGGUGAGUCUGCUUAUUUUUGUUUUUAGAGUUUUCAGGUGUUCUGUUACUCACUAAUGUGAAAUUUUUCCAGCUUCUUUAUGUAGGCAUUUGGUGCUAUGAACUUUCCUCUUAACACUGCUUUCAUUGUGUCCCAUAAAUUUGGGUAUUUUAUGUUGUGAUUUUCAUUGAAAUUUAGGAAGUCUUUAUUUUAUUCCUUGACCCAUUGAUGAUUCAGGUGAGCAUGUUUUAAUUUCCAUGUGUUUUUGGGUUUUCUGAAAUUAAUGUUACUGUUGAAUUCUAAUUUUAAGCCAUGGUGAUCUGAUAAGAUACAUGGGGUUAUUCCAGGUUAUUUUUUUGUAUCUUUUGAGGUUUGAUUUGUUACCUAGUAUGUGGUCAAUUUUUAAGAAGGUUCCAUGAGGUGCUGAAAAGGUAUGUUCUUUUAUGAUUGGAUGGAGUGUUCUAUAGAUGUUUGUUAAGUCCAUUUGAGUCAUAACAUCUGCUAGUUCCUUUAUUUCUUUUGUUAAGUUUCUGUCUGGCAGACCUGUCCAGUGGUGAGAAUGGAAUGUCGAAGUCGCCCACUAUUAGUGUGGAGUUUAAUGUAUGAUUUAAGCUUUAGAAGUGUUUCUUUUACAUAUGAGGGUGCCUUUAUAUUUGGGGCAUACAUGUUCAGUAUUGAGAUUUCCUCUUGAUGAAUUUUUCCUGUGAUUAAUAUGAAAUGUCCUUUUUUUGAUUCAUUUUAGCUUGAAGUCUAUUUUGUUAGCUAUUAGGAUAGCUACACCCACAUGUUUCUUAGGUCCAGUUGAUUGGAAAUUUUCUUUCCCAACUCUUUACUAUGAGGCAAUGUCUGUCUUUGAGGUUGAGGUUUGUUUCUUGUAUGCAGAAGGAUGGAUUCUGUUUUUGUGUUCAGUCUGUUAGCCUGUGUCUUUUUAUAGGUGAGUUGAGUCCAUUUAUAUUAAAGGCUAUUAAUGAUCAGUGAUUGUUAUCUCUCGUGAUUUUAGUUUUCAUUAUUGAUGUUAUUGUGUGUGUGUUUUUUUUUCCCUUCUUUGGGAUUUGCUGCUGUGAGAUCAUCUAUCAAAUAAUCUGUGUUUUUGUAGAUGUAGCUAACUUCCUUGGGUUGGAGUUUUCCUUCUAGUACUUUGUGUAGGGUUGGGUUUGUGGCUAGGUAUUGGUUAAAUCUGGUUCUGUUGUGGAGUAUCUUGUUUUGUCCGUCUAUUGUGAUUGAAAGUUUGGUGGGUUUAAUAGUCUGGGCUGACAUCCAUGGUCUCUUAAUGUCUACAUAACACUUGACUUCUGGCUUUCAUUGUUUCGAUUGAGAAAUCAGGUGUAAUUAUAAUAGGUCUACCUUUAUUUGUUACUUGGCCUUUUUUUUUCCUUUGCAGCUCUUAAUAUUCUUUCUUUAUUCUGUAUGUUCAGUGUUUUGAUUAUUAUGUGGUGAGAGGACUUUUUUUUUUUUGAUCCAGUCUACUUGGUGUUCUGUACGCUUCUUGUAUCUUCAAUGCAUAUCUUUUUUUAGGUUAGGAAAGUUUUCUUCUAUGAUUUUGUUAAAUGUAUUUUCGGUGCUUUUGAGUUGGACUUCUUCAUCACUGUUAUUCUUAUGUUUGGUCCUUCCAUGGUGUUCCAUAUUUCCUGGAUAUUUUGUGUUAAGUUUUUGUUAGAUUUAAUAUUUUCUUUGACUGAUGAGUCUAUUUUCUGUAUUCGUCUUCAGUGCUUGAGAUUCCCUCUUCCCUCUCUGGUAUUGUGCUGUUUAUGCUUGCAUCUGUGGUCCCAGAUCAUUUUCCCAUAAUUUCUGUUUCCAGAAUUUCCUCAGUUUAUGUUUUCUUUAUUGUCUCUAUUUUGGUUUUCAAGUCUUGAAUUGUUUCUUUCAUCUGUUUGAUUGUUUUUUUCUGGUUUUCUUUAAGGGAUUUGUUUAUUUCUUCCAAUUUUUUUGUUUGACUUUUUCUCUAUUUCUUUGAGGGAAUUUUUCAUUUUCUGUUGAAGGGCCUCAGACAUUCUCCUAAAGUUAUUUUUUAGGUCAUUUUCUUCUGCUUCAUCUAUAUUGGGGUGUUCAAGUCUUGUUGCUAUAGAGCCACUAAAUUUUUGUUGGUGUUGUUUUUCUCGUUGUGGUGUUGAGUGUGUUCUUACCUUGUCUACCCAUCUUUUCCCAUGAUUGGUGUAGUUGAGGCUGUGUCUCUGAUGAUCCAUCUUUCAGGUGCCAGUGUAUCCAAGGCUCAGAUGGUUGUUCUGUAUGGUGCAGUUGGGGCCACAGUUCCAGUCACCUUGGAUGUUACUUGGUUUUCCUGGAUUUUCUUGGUGCUCCUGGUGUUCGCUCUGCAAUCCUGGAGGUCGUUCGUUCCUGCUUCCACUGAGGUCACUGGCUUGGGCCUGGUCCUCUGGAGGUGGCUGGCUGGCUCAGGCCUGGUUCCUUGGAGAUGGCUGACUUGGGCCUGUUUCUGUGUAGGUUGCUGACUCAGGCUUGUUCUGGCGAGAUUGCUGGCUUGGGCCUGUUCUUGCAGAUGUACCUGGCUUGGGCCUGUUCCCACAGAGGUUUCUGUCUCAGGCCUGCUCCCUUGGCAGUCACUCCCUGGUACUGGCUCCUGUGGAGGUUGCUUGCUUGGGCCUACUCCGUCAGAGGUCGCUGGCUGGGGUCUGCUCCUGUGGAGGUCACUGGCUCUGGCCUGUUCCCGUGGGUGUCCCUGGCUUGGGCCUGCUCCCAUGGAGAUCCCUGGCUGGAUCCCGCAGAGGUCUCUGGCUCAGGCCUGCUCCCUUGGCCGUUGCUCCCUCAUACCUGCUCUGGCAGAGGUCACUCACUCGGGCCUGCUCUGACAGAGGUUGCUGGCUCGGGCGUAACAUAAAUCUUUUUUAAAAGUUAAAAGGGUGUGGAGAGAUGACUCAGUGGUUAAGAGCACUGACUGUUCUUUAAGAGGACCUUGUUUUAAUUCCCAGCACCCACAUGGCAGCUCAUAACUGUCUGUAACUCCAGCUCUAGGAAUCUAAUACCCUCACAUAGACAUACAUGCAGGUAAAACACCAAUGUACAAAAUUAAAAAUAAAAAAGUUAAAAGAG